UGGUGCCCGCCCCCAGCCCCGGGCCCUGGGCCCCGGAGACCGGCCUUCCGGGAGGGGAGGCGAAGUCCCGUUGCACGAUCGGGGGAUCAGCAGCCGAGGACGCCCGGGUCCCAGAGCCAACAGGCCCGUGAACUGACUCAGGAGAGAAGGUGUUUGCAACCAGGAUGGCUUCUCCUUCCUAAGCUGUGGUGUUUGGUGGACUCAGACAGACCUUAGUGGCCUUGUGACCUUGAGCAAGGGGCUCAACCUCUCUGAGCUUCUGUCUCCUCUGCAAAGCGGAGCUCUUAAUAGCGGUAACCCGAAAUGGCCAGGAAGCCAGCCAGUUUCUGGGUAAAACCUUUGGCGUUCAUUAGAGCUGAUUUCUCCUCACUGACCCUGUGAGGCAGAUUCAGUUAUUACUCUACGAGAUAGAUGGGGAAACCGAGGCUGAGAGAAUGUUUGGGGCUGGGGCCCUAAACACCUGAGUGCAAGACUGGGCCCCCUGUCCCGAGGGAAGUGGGCUGAGGCCUGGCCCAGGUGCACCCCUCCCUGGGGAGAGCCUGGGAUGCCCAUCAGCCAUAGUGGCUCCUGAGCUCAUGGAGCCCUCAGCCACACCAGGGCCCCAGAUGGGGUUCCCCACUGAGGGCAGGGAACAGUCCCCGGAGCCUCCAGACUACGAAGACGAGUUUCUCCGCUAUCUGUGGCGUGAUUAUUUGUACCCGAAGCAGUACGAGUGGGUCCUCAUCGCAGCCUACGUGGCUGUGUUCUUCGUAGCCCUGGUGGGCAACACGCUGGUGUGCCUGGCCGUGUGGCGGAACCACCACAUGAGGACGGUCACCAACUACUUUAUCGUCAACCUGUCCCUGGCCGACGUGCUGGUGACAGCCAUCUGCCUGCCGGCCAGCUUGUUAGUAGACAUCACUGAAUCCUGGCUCUUUGGCCAUGCCCUCUGCAAGGUCAUCCCCUAUCUACAGGCCGUGUCUGUGUCUGUGGCAGUGCUGACCCUCAGCUUCAUCGCCUUGGACCGCUGGUAUGCCAUCUGCCACCCUCUGCUGUUCAAGAGCACUGCCCGGCGUGCCCGGGGCUCCAUCCUGGGUAUCUGGGCUGUGUCGCUGGCCGUCAUGGUGCCCCAGGCUGCGGUCAUGGAGUGCAGCAGUGUGCUGCCGGAGCUAGCCAACCGCACCCGGCUCUUCUCCGUCUGUGAUGAACGCUGGGCUGACGAUCUCUAUCCCAAGAUCUACCACAGCUGCUUCUUCGUCGUCACCUACCUGGCACCGCUGGGCCUCAUGGCCAUGGCCUAUUUCCAGAUCUUCCGCAAGCUCUGGGGCCGCCAGAUCCCUGGCACCACGUCAGCCCUGGUCAGGAACUGGAAGCGGCCCUCAGUCCAGCUGGAGGACCAGGGGCAAGGCCUGGGUGCAGAGCCCCAGCCUCGGGCCCGCGCCUUCCUGGCCGAGGUGAAGCAGAUGCAAGCUCGGAGGAAGACAGCCAAGAUGCUGAUGGUGGUGCUGCUGGUCUUUGCCCUCUGCUACCUGCCCAUCAGUGUCCUCAACGUCCUCAAGAGGGUGUUCGGGAUGUUCCGCCAAGCCAGCGACCGAGAAGCUGUCUACGCCUGCUUCACCUUCUCUCACUGGCUGGUGUAUGCCAACAGCGCUGCCAACCCCAUCAUCUACAACUUCCUCAGUGGCAAAUUCCGGGAGCAGUUUAAGGCCGCCUUCUCCUGCUGCCUGCCCGGCCUGGGUCCCUGCGCCUCUCUGAAGGCCCCCAGCCCUCGCUCCUCUGCCAGCCACAAGUCCUUGUCCUUGCAGAGCCGGUGCUCCGUCUCCAAAGUCUCGGAGCAUGUGCUGCUCACCAGCGUCACCACGGUGCUGCCCUGAGUGAGGGUCGUGCUGGUGGCUCUGGAGGGAAGGGGGGGGUGCAACCUGUCCUCUGCCUGGGCUGCUCCUCUGGCUCCUGGGGGGCCCACCCCCACACCUUGUGGAAAGACUGCUGGUUGCAGUGUGAGGCCACCCGGGGCUCCACUCCUGGUUUUCUGCCUGUUUGCCUCCAGGCAGUGUCACUUCCCUUCUCUCAACUGUGUCCCCUAUGAGGGAUGUGAGGAUUAAGCAUGUUCAGGAUAAGUGGAAAGCUCUCUGUAAACUGCAAAGCAUUACAGACAAGAUUAUCGUCUCGCUCCUCUCACUUGGCCAUACCCCAUGGUACCAUCCAUCGCCAUCAUCCUUCCAGAGCUUGGCCUGACUCCCAAAGACCUUCUCCUACCCAAUUACAGGUCUUCCCUGGAGUCUGCUUUAAGGGUCCCAGCAGGCAUUUCCAUCUGGUUCAGGAACUCCCUAAAGCCCAGACUGCACUUGGCAGCCGCUCCUUGAGGCCCAUAUGAACUAAUCUGAGCCCAGCCCCUCUCUGGUGGGAAAACAGCCCCCCACCCCCCACCAGGUGCCAAGUGCACACUCCGCAGGCUGGACCCCGCUGAUUGCGUGGUGUCAUAGAACACGUGGCCGUUUGGCAGGGAGGCUAGCAGUCUGAAGCAACUCUCAUUAAAAGCCUGGCACUGACUGUUCCCUUUCCUUGUCAUUGCACAAAAUCUGGGCUUCUUAGGUUAGGAGGGAGAAGGGAGGAAGUGAGAAGCUGGGGAGGCUGGGGGAGGUGUGGGGGCGGGGGAGUCAAGGCAGCGCCAGAAGGCAGCUCUCUGCUGACCCCUCCCGCAUCUUGCCCCUGACACACUGGAUCCCAGAUGGUUCCUGGCCAGGCCUCAGAGUUCACAGGCUGCUGCCCCCUCACGCGGCACCGAUCCUGGUGCCAGGACCUCAGUCGUGACCACAUCUGUCAGCUCCUGGGCCCAGGAGCCUGUGGAAGGUGAGGGGGAGGGCAGGUGGGCAGACAGCAGGGUUAACUGGUUUACUGUUAUCUUCACUUUCUUGGAGAUCAGGGCUUGCAUUUCUUUUCUGUGAACUCACCGAAUAAAAAGAGAAAGCCAGGGACUGGGCUCGACAGGCUCCAUCUGCUACCAGAUGAUUAGAGGGCGGCUGGAGGCCCUGAUCCUCACGGCCGGAGCAGGAGGUGGGACGCCAUCUGAAGGGCUCUCUGCUGGGAGGAGCAGCAGACAGCUGGCAGAGGCUGGCUCGGCCCUGUGCACUGCCGGCUCUGCUUAACCUGAUUAAUGACCUCGCCCGUCAGAAAAUGGGGCAAAAUGCAGCUCCUGCCAGGGACCCAGCCCAGGACGCGUCAGCACCCAUCCUUGUGGGCAGAGCUGGUGGAGGGAAUGGUCUGCGCCUGGCAUCUCGCCCUCCAGAGGACUGUCAGCCCAGCUCCUGUGAGUCGCUGCCAGGCGGGAUGUGGGGUGUCCCACCCAUUCUCCACUCCCCUCCCUCUGGCCUUGGGAUCCAAAGUUGUUUGUCAAGUUUGUAGCCAGGCUUGGAGGGGCGGUGUGGUAGACUGAGGUGUGAGGGCUGGCCCCCUAGUCUAGAACCAACCAUGCCCGUAAGGACGCAGCCAGGUCCUGGGCUCCUCAGUCCCAGCUGAUCGAGAGGGUGCCAGCACAUGACUGGCACUGUUCUACAUGUGGGUUUCAGUAGACACGUGGCUCAGUGGAGCAAAGAAACAACAGAAGCUUCCCCUAAUGUCUGCAUUUCUACCCGACUCUCUGCUGUUUGAGCCCAGCACCGUGGUGGGCCUCAGGCCUCCGUUUUGGGGGUCUCGGAUGAUUCAGAGGUCACCUGGGAUGAAGCUCAGUGAAGAGUUUCUGAGAAGCCCAGGGUUAUGUGACCUAGGGAAGGGAGGCCCGGGGGAAAUGCAGUGACAGGUUUCAGCUACCUAGGGGGCUGGCGUGCUGAGAGGGUGAAACAGGUUCUGGGUGGCCCGAGAGAGAAAACCACAGCCAAUGAGUCAUAUUUCCAAGGUGGCAGGAUGUGGGAUCCACUUCAGGGAGAAGCCCCUAUUAGUCAAGGAGGAAAUGGGCUGCCCAGAAAGGCACUGAAUCGUCACUGGAGGUUGGCAAGCAGAGGCCAGACUGAAGGUGGAGUAAAUGGAGGGGGUUCUAGCUCCAGAUGGGGACUGGCCUCUGGGAACUGGACUCCAUCUAACUCGAGGAUUCUAGCACAACAGCAGCCAGAGGAGAAUGGGGCUGAACUGGCUCAGCCUGACACACCUGCCGGCCUCACUGAGCUGCUUCCCCAGCCAAGCAUGGAGGAGAGCCUGGCUUGCUUAUCUUCACCCCCCAGAGUGAAAGGAUUAGCUUGCCACUACCCAUCAUCAAUUCUCCCCGGCAAGCCAGAAUGUCUGGUGUCUUGGCUUUUGAUUGAGAUUUUGUCAGAUCACUAUAGACAUUUGGCGUAGGCUGAUUAUCAUGCUGAAGAUCCAGCUGGUAAGUACAGAUGUUUGUGCUUAAUAAAAAUGGGGGGAAAGUUAUGACUUCAUAAAUGCAGUUUGUCUGGAAGAUAAAACCAGGGCUUGAGAUGAUAAAAGGCCAUGCUGUGAGAAGUCUGGGGUGGUGGCUUCUAGCCCGGAAUGCCGGCCCAAAAGCUGUUAUAAAACACACAGUCAGCCCCUUGGACUGAACCGGGCAGGCCCCGACACUGAACUUCACCCAGGUAUGUGACAGCAGCCCCCCAAAGGCCAUGCCUGUUGAACUGUUUCUUUCUGCAUAGCAUGGUACCCAGCAGGGGUCCUCAAGCUCCAGGAUCUAAUGCCUGAUGAUCUGAGGUGCAGCUGAUGAAAUCAUAUUAAGAAAGUGAAAGUGAAGUCACUCCAGUCGUGUCCGACUCUUUGAGACCCUGUAGACUGUAGCCUACCAGGGUCCUCUGUCCAUGGGAUUCUCCAGGCAAGAAUACUGGAGUGGACUGCCAUUUCCUUCUCUAGGGAAUCUUCCCAACUGAGGGACUGAACCCGGGUAUCCUGCAUUGCAGGCAGACGCUUUACCCUCUGAGCCACCAGGGAAACCCAAUAAUAAUAAAGUGCACAAUAAAUGUAAUGCACUUUAAUCGUCCUGAAACCAUUUCCUCCCCACUCCCCCAUCAGUGAGAAAACUGUC